AUGAUUGACUUAGCAUUACUUCGAACUAAAGAAGGUCUAGCCAAAGUAGCUGAUAGUGAGAAAAAGAGGGGUAAUUCAUUAGAUCGCGUGAAUAAAGUUGCUGAUAUGAUUGAGGAACGGAUUAAAGGCAGAUACGAAAUGGAACAGUUAAACAAAGAAUUCAACCAAACAACCAAAGAAGCAUCAGUCUUUUUCAAAUCUAAAGAACAGAGUGCCCGUAAAGACGAACUUGUAGCUAAAAUCAACGAAAUCAGAACUAAACGAUCCGAUUGUGUUGCCCGUCUAGCUAGUAUGGAGAAAGAAACCGAUGAUAUUGCCCGUGAGAUAGGUAAUUUACUUGAGCCUUCAGUAGCCGUUGGUAUGGAUGAAGAGUACAAUCCAGUUAUUUUUACUCGCGAGUAUAUCAAGAAAGAUUUCCUACCCACUCAACUCUUAUCUUUUGAUAAGAUUUUGGAAAAACUUGGGGCAGUUGAUACGGAAAGGGGAACUAAAAUAUCUGGUCAUCGUGGCUACUUCCUUAAGAAUGCCGGUGUCCUUCUAGCCCAAGCCCUAGUCCGCUACGGAAUGGACUUCUUACGUCGACAACAAUACGACCUUAUUCAAACACCUUACAUUAUGUCACGAGAAGCCAUGAGUAAAACAGCUCAACUCAGUGAUUUUGACGAUCAGCUCUACAAGGUAGAAGGUGCUGCAACUGAGUCUUACUUAAUCGCUACUUCGGAACAGCCUAUUUCCGCCUUACAUUCUGAUGAAUGGUUCCGAGGUUGUGACUUGCCCAUUAGGUAUGCCGGGUACUCGACUUGUUUCCGCAAAGAGGCUGGAGCGCAUGGUAAGGAUAAUCGAGGAAUCUUUAGAGUGCAUCAGUUUGAAAAGAUCGAGCAGUUCAUUCUGGCCGCUCCUGAACGUAGUAUGGAAGAGUUCCAGGGCAUGGUUGAGAGGUCUAAGGAGUUUUAUGAUAGUUUAGGGUUUGGGUACCGCGUAGUUAGUAUUGUUUCUGGGGCUUUGAAUAAUGCCGCGGCUAUUAAGUACGAUUUAGAGGCCUACUUCCCUGAAUCGGGUAGAUAUCGUGAACUCGUUUCUUGUUCUAACUGCACCGACUACCAAAGUCGUGAUCUUAACAUUCGUUACAAUAUGUUUGACCAGAACACGGCGACUAAAGAGUUCGUGCACUUACUUAAUGGUACACUUUGUGCGGUUCAACGUACACUCUGCUGUUUAGUUGAGAACUACCAGACGGAAGAGGGUGUAGUUGUGCCUAAGGUUCUAGUGCCUUACGUUGGAGAAGAGUUCCUGCCGUAUGUGGGGACUAAAGACGCAAAAGUAUAA